AGAGAGAGAGGAGGAGUGAACGUCCCGGUUCAAACAGACAUCGGCCUGAGAGGAGAGAAGAAGAAGAAGAGAGCACCGGACUCAGAGAGAGAGAGGGGGAGAGAGAGAAAGAGAGAGAGAGUGAAAGAGAGAGAGCGCGCGAGCGAGCGAGAGAGAGAGAGAGAGAGAGAGAGAGGAGAGAGUGGAAGACUGACAGGCGUCACGGAAACUAGAUGAACCGAAGAGUCGAUAUGAGCGGUCAGUUUGAGGAAGAUAUCCACGACCGGGGCGAGAGGAAGAGUAAAUCCCCGACGCUGCUCUCCUCUUACUGCAUAGACAGCAUUCUGGGCCGCCGGAGUCCCUGUAAGGUCCGACUGAUAGGGGCGCAAAGUUUGACGGGUCUGCCCGGCAGAGUGGAGCUCGACAAAACGGCUGACAGGCCAACGAAAGACCCCCUUUCUCUGAGCGCUGACAUGCACCUGCCACCCAAGCUCCGCCGGCUGUACGGAGCCGGGGGGAAGUACCUGCACGACCACGCGGAGACGCUGGAAAGGGAGCGGCUCCUCAUGGAGCAAGCCAGCGACAGCCUCAAAAUCAGCCACGCGCCGCAGGUGAGCAUCAGCCGCAGCAAGUCCUACCGGGAGAACGCGUCGCUGAGCCGGGGAGAGGGCGACCAGAGCCCCGGGGAGGGCUCGGAGGACGGCAGCCUGGGACUGGUGGAGCUCGGCCCGUUGAAGUUCGAGGAGGAAGCAGGGAAGGAGGAGGAGAGCAGCGGGGACGCGGCCGCUCUGUCCCCGAAGGACGAGGAGAGGGAGAGCUUGAACGCCGGGGAUGGGGACGUGAGGGACGGGGAGGACAGCGUGUGUCUGUCGGCGGGCAGUGACUCGGAGGAAGGAAUGCUGAAACGGAAGCAGAGAAGAUACAGGACUACCUUCACCAGUUACCAGCUGGAGGAGCUGGAGAGGGCUUUCCAGAAGACACACUACCCCGACGUCUUCACCAGAGAAGAGCUCGCGAUGCGUCUAGAUCUUACCGAGGCCCGUGUCCAAGUUUGGUUUCAGAACCGCAGGGCCAAGUGGAGGAAGCGCGAAAAGGCCGGGGUGCAGGCCCACCCGUCGGGCAUGCCGUUCCCGGGCCCCCUUACAGCGGGACACCCUCUCAGCCACUACCUGGACGGGGGGCCCUUCCCCCCUCACCACCAUCCUGCCCUCGAGUCCGCCUGGACAGCUGCUGCAGCUGCAGCCGCGGCCUUCCCGGGCCUGGCCCCUCAACACCACAACGGCUCUGCUCCACCACUGGCCACCCAACUCGGCCUGGGCACUUUCCUGGGCACGGCUGCCAUGUUCCGCCACCCUGCCUUCAUUGGACCCACUUUUGGCAGGCUCUUCUCCGGUAUGGGUCCCCUGUCCAGUGCUUCCACCGCUGCAGCUCUCCUCCGUCAGCCCGCCCCUCCUGUAGAGAACCUCUCCCACGCGGGCCCAGUCCUUCCUGACCCUUCCUCCUCUUCCUCCUCCCCCUCAUCCGCAGCCGCAGCCGACCGCAGGGCCUCCAGUAUCGCCGCGCUGCGCCUCAAGGCCAAGGAACACUCGGCUCAGCUUACCCAGCUUAACAUCCUGCCUACUGGAACCGCAGGGAAGGAGGUGUGCUGAACACACAACACCAGCUCUAGGCCUCCCUGUCCCGGGCUUACAUCCCAUUCCAUGACACCCUCGUCCCCCUCCUAAAACCCUUUCAUACCUCUGGAGGCUGAUGUCCUGAUGUCCCCCUGUUCAACCAUCCCUGUUACCCCACGUUUCCCCAACAAAAUAGCACGACCAAAUUCAAGAGCACUGGCUUCAAAAAGUGUUUGUGUGUGUGUGUGUAUGUGUGUGUGUCUGCUAUUGUUACACUCCAUACACACAACUUUCUGAAUUUACUGUUUACUUUCUGAACAGUCCAGAAAAUUCCAUAUUUUCACUAAAAGAGCAAUUACAAUAUUCUGAAAAGAUGACAUUAAAAAAAAGAAAAUAUUUCUUAAUAUGUCUUCACACUUUGACCAUAAAUGAAAUCACAGUAUCACACAGUAUAUGUAGAUAGCUUUUUAAGACUGUGUGCCACACGCAUACACAGCAAAAAUACUAAAUACACACAGUGCCAGUGGUGGAAUGUAACAAAGUGUAUUUACUCAAGUACUGUAUUUGAGGUACUUGUACUUCAGUAUUUCCAUUUUAUGCUAAUUUUUACUUCACUACAUUUCAGAUUUGUAGUUUUUACUCUACAUUGCAUUCUGGAUUUUACACACAACACACAUGAAAUUAUAAAGAGUAUUAAGAGUAUUUUAAAAAGUAAAAUAUCCAGCAGACCAACUUCAACUGUGACAUGCCACUUAAACAUUAACGCAUUAAUUCAAAUAAUUCAGUAAAUAUACUUUGUUAAUUCAGUGAGCAAUGUCCCACAUUUCUUCUGCAUUGAACUUGUAUAUUUUGCUUCUCAUUUUUCUGUAUUUUAAAUUUAGUAAAAUUAAUUCAAAAAGCAUUACUCUACUUUUAAUUAAGUAUAGGAUCUGUCAUGGCGUGCCACACACACACACACACACACACACACACACACACGCACACACACGCACGCACGC